AUGGAUCCUUCACAGGCCCAUGCGGCCAUGAAUCGCGCAUUGGACUCAGAUACUCCUCCGCGUUUCCUUUCUGCGCCACUCGUACCAUUGGUGGCCGAGCAGGUUGGGGACCAGCCACAGGACGAUAAGAGGACCUCGGUGCUUGAGAUGUGGAAGCUCAUUGUACUGACUUCAGGACGAGGGACUAAGGUCGAGGGCAUCCAGCCUGGCCCAGUUUUCCAGGUGGCGGGCAUCGGUUUGGCCGAGGGAAACUGGGCUGAGGCUUGGCUAGCUCGCAGGCGAAGGCUUAACCUUGUUGCCACGCACAGCCUUAAGGCUACGCUUCUGAGCUUCAUGGCAAAGGCAGCUGCGUCUGAGAACCUCAGGUCCAUUGCGGGAUAUCAUAUCAGGUCUGCGAAUUCUUCCACUCUUGAGUACUCUCGGGAUUCGAUGGCACCAUCGUUGCAUUUUCUUGAGGGCAUGUUCAUUGCUAUCAAGGGUGGCAUUUUCGCUCCAGAUUCGACCAGGGCCGGAAGGUGGACAGGAGGCAUUCGCCCCAUUGAGGAGGCUCUCCGUUUCCUGUCUGGGGUUCAGCCGGACCCACCAGACGAUCGUCCACCGCCGGCGGACGCGCCGGAAAUCAAACCUGGGGAUCAGUCAGAUCCUGAGUCCGCUGCUGAGAGUAUCGGAACGGAGGGCGAGGCUGAUGAGGCCGUUGCUUCCGCAUUUUUCUUGGGUGAGGAUCUGAACGUGACCACGCACGGUGAACAUGCUGUGUUCUUGUCAAAGUGCACUCAGCUGGGGCUGCCCGAGGAUGCUCGGGGAAAGCUCAAACGAAAGGGCUGGGCCACUUUCGGCACUUUUGCAUUCUGCGUGCCAGGGGAGCCCGGAAGGAUUCCCGAUGAUGUCUUCAAAACCUCCGUUGUCCAGCCAAUCCUCGGUGAUGGGGGUGAGGAGCAUCAGGCGAAACUUAGGCGGCUCCACUUCGAGGCAUAUGCUUUGACAGCAGCUGAGCUGAAGCGGACGGCCGAGUCCACGGAGUCAGAUCAACCGCGCAAGGUCCCGACGGCAGAGCUCGCUGCUCGUUAUGAUGUGUUGCAAAAGCGCAUUAAGCCUCUCCGGCUUGUGGACCGCUUGGAGCCUUCGCAUGCGCUUGUCAACCUGUCAGCCCAAAUGCUUGAGGAUCAGCGGGUGCGCUACAUUGAGUGGUCGAAGUGUACUAGUCGUGCCCAGGAGAUAAAUCUUGUGAAGGAGGACGCUAGCUUGAAGCUGCUUCAGGGUGGCCGCUCAGGAUCCGUCAAGCUAGUGGAUCCCGGUGCUAAAAUCACUGCUGAUACUAAGUCUGACCUUGAGGUGAUGCAGGCCUUGCGUCGCAGAGGGGUGGCAUAUGAACUUGCUGCCAUCAUGUCGUUCGAGAGGCACGAGGAAUUGAUUGACCGACUGUUCAUGGAGUACCAACGUGAGCCCAUGGCUGGGUUUCACCCCGUCUCCUUCUCUCAACUUCAGGCUGCGGACAGGGAGGUUCAUGUUCGCAUGGGGGAGCUCACCCGAGCUGGACUUGUGCCAGGGGCGGAUGGCUCCUUGCCGCUUGACAUCCCGGUGUCUCGGGUGCUGGCGGGCUCCCACAUCCAGUGGAUGUUGAUGCCUCGGCAAAAAGGGUCCGGUCCCUUGGGCAGUUCGGGCGCUGGUGAGGCUAAUGAGAAGCCAGACAAGCCACCGCGCAAGCCGCCCAAAAAGACGGAUCCGUCGAAGGCGACGGAUAGGGGUCAGGGCGCCGAUAAGAAUCAGAAGGCUGAUUCCGGUGCAUCGCCGAAUGCGGCUGAGCGACCUGGCAAGCCACGGAAGACUCGCUUCGUCAUGCCAAAGGCGCUCAUCGGUGGGGUCCCCAAGGACGGGGCCGGGCGUAACAUCUGCUUCGACCAUAACCUUGGGAAAUGUCCCAAUGCUGCGGGGGCCUGCCCAAAAGGGGAGCAUGUGUGCCAAGUACACAAUGCAACACAUGUGCAUGACACGGCCACCAGCCAUUUUGGCAAUGAUCGUGAUACGAAUGCGGAAGUUUUUGCUGCUACCUUGAUCGGCAAAGUCGAUGCGGGGGGCAUUCGUCGUCUUUUGGAGCUGCUUCCCUCGGAGGCACCGUCGCGCGGUUCGCGUGAGGUGGGCCGUGGGUCCGAAUUUUCUUUCACAACAGGUGCUUACACCUAUGAUCAUGGCAAGCGGCACGGCCUUCGCCAACAUUGCCGCGACUUUCCGAUGUCCACUAAGGUUCUGAAUGAGUUUAUGCGUUCGAUGGCGCCGGGCGCCUGCUACACUACACUGGCCUUGUUUCGUGAUCUUGAGACCCGGGUCCACUCAGACCACGGAAAUGAUCCCAGCCUGAUGAAUACCAUCCUGAAGGUUUCUGAAUUCAGCCACGGUGGCCUCUGGGUCGAGACGGUGGGCGGCAAGGUCCCGUGCCCGCUUCCGCAUCAGGGCCAAAGGAUGGGUAACGUUGUCGAGUUUGCCAAUGGUGCAUUGAGCUUCGAUGCCCAACAGCCGCACUGCGUUAUGCCGUGGUCUCGCGGGCCCCGCGUGGUUCUUGUGGCAUUUAGUGUACGGAACUGGGCAAACUUGCGUCGUGCAGACUUGACUGAGUUGUCAAACCUGGGGUUUAAGUUGCCAACCUUGGGACCUGACUCAACGGCCGGUCCCGAGUCUGCCUCUUCGGUUCUCCCUAGCCCUGGGGUUUUCCCUUUUCCGCCACCGGCGCCAACAGCGGCGCUUGCAGCUUCACCUGUCACCCUGCCUCCUCAGGUGAGCGUCCCAGGGACUGCGCCUGCCGCAGCGGAUCAUCCUGAUCUCGGUGGGUCAAACGUGGCUCGUGAUGUGACGGCCACUGCGCAACCUUCCUUCAUCGAGUUGUUCUGUGGCUCUGCUGGCCUUUCGGCCGAGGUGCGCAAGCUGGGGUUCCGCGUGUUGGGAGUUGAUCACAAACCCACCGCUAAGCAUGCCAAUGCACCUUUCGUCAGCUUGGACUUGCGCGACCCAGAGCAGCAGGACCGCAUUUGGGUCGAGUUGCGCCGUGCUCAGGCCGUGUGGAUUGCUCCCCCGUGUGGGACUGCUUCGAUUGCGCGGCAAAUCCCUCUUGGACGGUCGGCUAAGG